UUUCAGGCUGGAAUUUCUCGUCGUUUGACCAACUUCACUACGGAUAUUAAUGACUCGGAGAUAUAUACCCAUCUUUUGAAUCAAAUUGCUCCUCCCAACAGUGGUGUCACUCUUGCGCCUUUAUACCUGAAAGGAAACAUUACACGAGCCGGUGCGAUGUUGGAUGAAGCUGAGAAGUUGGACUGUCGGGAAUUUGUAACCCCCAAUGAUGUCGCUAGUGGCAACUACAAGUUGAACUUGGCUUUUGUUGCGAACCUAUUCAAUAAACAUCCCAAUCUUCCCGAUCCUUCUGCAGAUGAGAUUGUGGAAGAAGUAAUUGAGGAAACUCGUGAGGAAAAGACAUAUCGAAAUUGGAUGAACUCCAUGGGAGUGAAUCCUUACGUAAACUGGCUCUACAGCGAUUUGCAGAACGGAGUAGUCAUUUUCCAGCUCUAUGACAUCAUUCGACCAGGAGUUGUGCAAUGGAAACGUGUUGUGAAAGUAUUCCAUAAGCUCAGAGGAAUGAUGGACCAAAUCCAGAAUUGCAAUUAUGCUGUAGAACUUGGAAAGCAGCUACGAUUUUCAUUAGUUGGUAUACAAGGAAAGGACAUCUACGAUGGAAACCAAACUCUAACCCUUGCUCUUGUUUGGCAAUUAAUGAGAGCAUAUACGUUAACAGUUCUCGCUCAGUGUACACAGAGUGGGGACUCACUUCCCGCCGACAAAGAUAUCGUGGCAUGGGUUAAUCACAAGGUUGGUAUAGUAUUCUCAUUUCUCUUUCGAACUGUUCUCCAAAAGUGA